UUUGCUUACUUCAGACAACGAAAAGCAAAAGCCGACGUCACGCAGUCGCAGAAAAAGACGACGAAGAGGAAGGGCUCGUCUGUCCACGCAAAUGACGUUCCGAAGGAAAAGUGCGCACUAACAGCCCAGGAUGUGGGUAAGGGUAUAGAAAGUAAGGCUGAAGACUGCAACGCGCUAGAAACUAAGACAGCAACAGAGGGGAGUGCUGACUUGUCCAGCUGGGAUGUAGUGAAUGAUCAAGUGGCUGAAAAGGUUAAGAUAAAUUCUGCUGUGGAAUACACUGAGCUUGAUGCCAAGACGUGUGAGACGAGAAUAGCUGAGUUAAAGACCAGACUUCUGGAGAAGCAGGGACCAGUCGAAAGGCUCACUACACAGAUAAAUGAACUACAGGAACAACUCACCCAGCACAGCGAAUCUGUACAACUUCAGGAAACUACUGUUCAAGAGCGGAAUGCAGUCAUCGGGAAACUAACAAGCUGUCUUCAAAAGAUGAAGAAGGAUCAGGAUGACCUACGGGAGGAGGCUUCACACGUAACUGAUCAGAUCCAUGAUGUACAACUUCAGUUACACCAGGUUACUGACAUGCUGAAGAGUAAAAGCCCUGGGAAGAAUGAAGUAUUAGAAGCCCAGCAGCAGAUGUCCUUGUUUGAGAAACAUCUCAGAGAACAAAAUGCACGUUUGGAGAUGCUGCGUCAGAAAGCACAUGACUUCAAAGCACAGCUUGAGUCUUCCCAAAAG